AUGCUGGGAGCGUUAUGCAUGGUUGCCUACUUCGCAUUCGCUCUCUUUGCCGCGUACAUGAAUCAACGAGCCGAUGCGCAACAGUCAAUCAGACUAGACGAUCUUAGUAACCCUUCGUCCACUACCCACACUGACAACCACCGUGAUCUACCAUCUGCUGGCCUCGGCACUCGGGCAGGCCCCAUCCGGAUGAACAACUUCGGCAUCACGUUCAUAGAUGCUACCCCAGGCUCAGACAGCCAGUCCAGAACUGAAAGGUGCCGGCAAAGGCCGUGUGAGGAUCAAGAAAUUCUGACAAAUCCCUUCGCAGAUCCUGAAGACCCGUAUAGAGGCGGGGUGGGGAGUCAGAGGUCAGACAGUGGAGAUAAACAACCGUGA